CUUUCUUUCUUUCUUUUAUGGACGCCAAAGUUUCAAUCUUUAUUAAUACCCACAAUCCAAAAACCCUUAAUUUUGCCCUAAAAUUAAAAUCCCAAUUCGAAUCUCAAUAAAAAAAAAAAUGUUUUCUUGGAAUUUUGCAAAAUCUGCAGAGGCCAUGUUUUCAAGAUUGGCUGUAAAAAAGAUUUGCAAGUUUUUAUUGAAGAAAAAAUUAGGGCAAAUUAUAUUGGGGGAUAUUGAUGUUAAUCAGCUUGAUGUUCAAUUAAGUAGUGGCAUAAUUCAGCUUUCUGAUUUAGCACUUAAUGUUGAUUUUAUUAAUCAAAAGUUUGGUGAAGAAGCUAUCUUGGUUGUGAAAGAAGGGUCGAUUGGGUCUUUAACCGUUAGACUUCCAUGGAAGAAUAGAAACUGUGAAAUUGAGUUGGAAGAACUCGAGGUUGUACUUGCCCUUGGUCGAAAAGAAAGUGGUCGAUUUGCAACUGAAGCUUCUAUUUCAGGUCAAGAUGGGAAUACGUAUAAUAGUUAUGACUUUAUGGCACAUGAAAAUGAAAUGGGUAACAGUACUAUAACGGGCGCUUCUGUGGAUAUUCAUGAAGGAGUGAAAACUAUUGCCAAGAUGGUUAAAUGGUUGCUUACAAGUUUCCAUGUGAGAAUCAAAAAGUUAAUAGUUGCUCUUGAUCCGUCUGCAGAAGAUAUGGAGGGAAAAGGGGACUGCAGGACGUUGGUUGUGAGAUUUGGUGAAGUGGAAUGUGGUACGGGAGUUUCUGAAGAUGUUAACCUUAAUAGUGAAGGGGCGGUUGAUGGUUUUCUUGGGCUGAGUAGGUUGACUAAUUUUGUGAAGUUUGAUGGAGCAAUACUUGAGUUUCUUCGGUUAGAUGGUGAUGGAGAAACUUGGGGUGAAAUGUUUUCAGGAUGUUGUUCAGUCAAUGCGACUACACCAGUCAUUACAGGAGAAAAAGGUGGAUUUUCGGGUACCAUAAAGCUGAGUAUACCAUGGAAAAAUGGCUCUCUAGAUAUCAGAAAACUUGAUGCUGAUGUAUAUGUCGAUCCUUUAGAAAUAAGAUUCCAACCUAGCUCAUUGAAAAAUUUCAUGUAUUUUAUGCAUGUUUUUGAGGAACUUAACAAAGACCGCAAUAGUUAUAUGCAUAGUAAAGCAAGUGAAUCUGUAUACCACAGUGUAUCAUCAUCCCAUGGUUAUUCAUCAACUUCAAGUUCUUUUGGUCUUUAUUCUCAGAAACCUGUAGCAUUUUCACCUGAAUCACAUUCUUCAGCUGGAAGUGAUUCGGUCUUGGAUGCUUUGUUACGUAGUUCACAUCUAAUAUCAGACUGGAUGGCAUCACCCAUCACCAGCAACCAGGAACUAAAAACUGAAGAAUCAGAAUUUGGGGCCAGUGUCGAUCAAUUCUUUGAGUGUUUUGAUGAAUUAAGAGCUUCACAAUCUGCAUUGGGGAAUAGUGGGAUGUGGAACUGGACAUGCUCUGUGUUUAGUGCAAUAACUGCUGCAUCCAACCUUGCUUCAGGAUCUCUUAAUAUUCCACCUGAACAGAAACAUGUUGAAACAAGUCUCAAGGCAACAAUUACACAGAUUGUAAUCCUAUUUUCCUUUGUGGAUGAAGACAAGCAAGAUGAGGCUUCAUAUGUCCAUUAUAUAAACGCAGAUUUUCGUGACAUGCAGCUGCUUUUGCAGGUCUGCCCUCAAGAAUCAAACUUUGAAGCAACAGUCAAACAUAUUGAGGUGUCUGAUUAUUUCAGUCUACCAUCUCAAAAUCAAAGUGCGAAUGAUCAGAGUUUGUUGAUUAGAAAGAAGCAAGCUGCAGUUGAAAAGGCUUGCCCUCCUUUGACGCCACUGGCUGGCCGUUCGAGAUACUAUAGGGAUCACAUCUAUAGGGAUGAUGUGGUCAAAGUCUUGCUGCUCAAAACUUAUGCCGUUACACGAUGCCAAUACACUGUGCCUUCUGUUACAGGCCCCAGAUCCUUUUCUUUGAAUCUGCCAUCUUUAAUUUUCUGGGUGAAUCUUGAUUUGAUAAGCACAGUGUUGGAUCUUAUGAAAGAUAUCGAGAACUCCCUUAAAAUAUAUGGUUUAAAAGACAUCGUUGCAAAGGGUCCGAGUCCUCAAUUUAUGACUUCACAUAAGGAAACUCUGAGAUGCAAUAUUUCGCUUCUCGAUGCAAGAAUUGUUUUUUGUUUUCCUUGUGAGAAAAGUCAAGAUUGUAAGAGCUACUUAUCCUGGAAUCAGUUUAUUGUUAUUGAUCUUUCUUCUCCAUCUACUUUAAGAGACAGGCGGGUUCAGUCAAGUCAGAGAUUUCGUGUGACAACCUCACGGUCGUUGCAUUUAAGUGUGGGUAACAUUGUGGUCUACUUUGUUGAAUCAGAUUAUCAGCUCAAAUGUUAUGCAGAACGUGUCUUGUCUGCAUCUGAUAAAGAGGGCCAUCCAUCUGUUAUAAGUAUGUUGUGGCAGGAUAAUGCUGUUACGGGUCCUUGGAUCACAAAGAGAGUGAAGAUUCUUGCUAAUUCAGAUCAUAACACCGGCCGGAAUAAAUCUACAGGGAAAGGCCACGGGUUUGCAUAUGUAACUACCACUAAAGAUAUGGAAGAUUUCAAUUCUCGAACACGAGAGGAGUUGGUUUCAACCUCUUCAUUCUUCCUUCAUGUCCAUGUUGCCCCUACUACUAUCGAUCUGGACAGUUCGUUAUAUCAAACCUUACAUGAUCAUUUACAUCAUAUGACUGAUUGGUUGUCAUGCAUAGCUUCUGAAAAACAUCCCUCGUCAUCUCAGUCAUCUAUCCUAUUAGAAUGUGAUUAUGUGGAGGUUUCUGUUUGUGUAGCACCAGCGGAAAACAUCAAAGGGUCGAUCCAGAAUGAGCUUCCUGGCUCUUGGGGUAAAUUGAAAUUAAAAGUUACCAAAUUUGAGUUGUUAACUGUAUCAAAUACUGGUGGAAGCCUGGAUGCCAGUUUUCUCUGGGUAGGCCAUGGUGAGGGAAAUCUACGCGGUUCCACUACAGGUGUUCCUGAUGAUGAGUUUGUUCUUAUAUCUUGUGAUAACUCCACCAGGGGACGCGGGAAUGGUGAAGGCUCAAAUGUACUUUCUUCUAGGUUUCCCGGGUCUGAUAUCAUACACAUGUGGGACCCAGAGAAUAUUGUAAGUCAAGUAUCAAUAAAUAUUAGGUGUGCCACUGUCGUUGCAGUAGGUGGGCGUUUAGAUUGGUUCGAUACAAUUAUAUCAUUUUUCAGUCAUAUUUCAAGUGAAAGUAACCAAGUAAAUGAUGAUGUUUUAGAAAAAGAAGACUCUUCGUUUGUGCUUAACUUGAUUGAUAUUGCUUUGAGUUAUGAACCUUACUCAAGUAAUGCGGAAGCCGAACCAGGUUCUUCUCAAGAACAGUGUGUUGCUGGUCUUCUAGCAGCAUCUGGUUUGAAACUCUCAAAGUUUUCAUCAGCUAAUUGUGUAGAGAACGAUUAUGAAAUCAAAGCUCAUGAUUUGGGAGUAUUGCUUUGUGAAGAGUUUGGGCUCAGGAAUCUUCAUGGAUCUUACAGUGAUCAAAAUCUACGACAGAUUGGGUAUGUUAAAGUUGCAGAAGAAACACAUGUUGAAGCGGUCUUAAGAAUGAAUUGCAAGAACGGCCACGAAUGGGAAUUAGAAUGCUCUGAAUCCCACGUUGUGCUGGAUACUUGCCAAGAUACCACCUUUGGACUCGCUCGUCUUGCAGCUCAGAUUCAGCAAAUAUAUGCCCCUGAUUUUGAAGAAGCAAUUGUGCAUUUACAGAGUCGGUGGGAUAAUAUCCAGGUGGCACUAGAAGGUUACAAAAGCCGAAGCUCAAGCAAUUAUUCAACUUCGUCUAAUUCAGAUACAAACGGGGACAUUUAUACAGCCAACUUGAUGGACGAAAUUUCUGAAGGAGCAUUCAACUUAGAUGCUCAUCAUGAACGUGUGUCCGGUCCGUUUUUUGGGUUGGAAGACAAUGAAACAUCGUGCUCACAUGCUACCUUGCCCGAGCUCAUAGACGGCUACUUCUUAUCUGACAUGCGCCUUCUACCUGAAUCCUCUUCAAACUAUCGACCACAGAGCACCAAAUCAGCAACUCCAAAGGAGGUGGGGGCUCAAGUUGAAAAUGGAUGGUAUGGCGAUUCACUGUUAAAUAUUGUAGAAGACCAUGUUUUGGGUAUUGCGGAAAAAACCGAUUCCAGACAAGUCAUUGGAACCAAGCCUUCUGUCACACAGACGGGGAAUGUGAAUGUUAAGGGUUGUGUGGUUCUGAAAAAUCUUAAUGUAAGGUGGACACUGUAUGCAGGUUCUGACUGGCAGUAUACAAGGGAUAAAGCUGUUUGUUUAGAAUUCGCACUGUUGAAGAUGGGUCUCCUGUGUGACAUAUUCCCUGAUGGUGAAACAUAUGUGUCUAAACUUUCGGUGUCAAUUCAGGAUUUUUCUAUCAAUGAUGUCAGCAAGGGUGCACCCUGGAUACAGGUUCUUGGUUGUUAUCAAUCAAAAGAUCGUCCUAGAGAAUCCCGUUCUAAAGCAUUCAAGCUAGAUUUAGAAUCCGUUAGACCGCAUCCCUCAACUCCUCUGGAGGAAUACCGGCUAAAAGUUGCAAUACUUCCUAUGCGUUUGCAUCUUCAUCAAAGCCAACUUGAAUUCCUGAUCAGCUUUUUUGGAGGAAAAAAUAUGUCUCCUGAUCAUGUUCAGGAUAUUAUUGAAUUGGAGUUACCACAAAAGAGCUACACCAGCCUAGGAGGUUGUAGGAUAAUAGAGGAGGCGUUACUUCCCUAUUUUCAGAAGUUCAGCAUAUCAUCUUUUGUUGUUCGGGUUGACUACAUUCCUUCUCGUGUUGACGUAGCUGCAUUAGGCCACGGGAAAUAUGCUGAGCUUGUUAAUCUUUUUCAGUGGAAGGGGGUAGAGCUAAAACUGAAACAUGUUCAAGCUGUCGGUGUUUAUGGUUGGAGUAGUGUAUGUGAGACAAUAAUUGGCGAGUGGUUGGAAGAUAUUUCUCAGAACCAGAUUCAUAAAUUACUGAAAGGUCUUCCUCCCAUUCGAUCACUGGUUGCCGUUGGAUCUAGUGCUGCAAAGUUAGUGUCGCUACCUGUGAAGAACUACAAGAAAGAUCGCAAAAUAGUGAAGGGUAUGCAAAGAGGUACAAUUGCAUUCUUGAGGAGUGUCUCACUUGAGGCUAUUGGACUUGGAGCACAUAUUACAGCUGGGGCCCAUGCUAUCCUCCUUCAAGCAGAAGACAUUAUUUCAACCAGUCCACCGACCUCGCCUUUACAAAACAGAGGGAGUUCUAAUGCCAGACCAGGUCAACCUAAAGAUGCUCGCCAAGGAAUACAGCAGGCUUUUGAGACCAUCACUGAUGGUUUUGGAAAAUCCGCAUCCGCUUUAGUACAAACUCCCCUGAAAAAGUACCAGCGCGGGGCUGGUGUAGGGUCCGCCUUAUAUACAGCUGUUCAGGCGGCACCUGGAGCAGCUAUAGCACCCGCUUCUGCUGCUGCACGUGCAGUGCACUCUGCGCUUAUUGGCGUCAGAAAUAGCCUUGAUCCCGAGCACAAGAAAGAUUCAAUGGAUAAAUACUUAGGGUCAAAUCGGCCUCAGCCACGUUAAUUCACGUAAAAGGGUCUCCAAUCCCAUCAAGUGUGAAACUUGCAGCCCAUUUAGCAAGAAGCAAGACAAAUUCAUAGCAACAGAACAGCACCCCCAAGGAAUUGACAGUAUCAGGAAGUGGGAUGUCAUGACUCAUUGCAAAAGCUCUCGUGUGAAUGUACUCGAUUGCGUUUGUCUGCAGUGGAAACCGUCCCAGUGAUGAAGGGUGCAAUGUCAUUAUUAGGUUCAAUGUGUACAUAAUAGGUGAUGGUGAUGAUAUUCGUUUUAAAGUAAAGAUGAUAGAAUUAGAUAAUGUGUAUAUGUGAGAACUAUUUGUUUGUGAUUGCUCGGGCCAGGUCUGUAAAGCUAGAACUAUAAUGGUGUUUUUGUAGAUAUUAUAUACUUAUAAUUUGGAUUUUGGAA